CUACGUUACUGUACGUUACACGCGCUGAAGACGAUCAGGCUUUUGUUUGUCAGUGCUGUUGGUCACUGUUGGUGCUGUUACAGCCUGUUACUGCUGGUGUAUUCCGAGUGUCGUUGCGCGUCGCGUUGCGUGCGUGACUGUUGCAGGUAAACAAAGGCGCGUAUAUUCGGCGUACAUCAACGGGGGUUUUAUGUACGGCGCUAACAUGCGCGAGCGCGAGGAGCUCUCGAGGUGUUUUCUACCGGGGCAACCGGCCCAGGUCCCGCUGCCACCGCCGCCACCACCGCCGUCGCCACGGGCUCCAGGCUUGGACGCCUUGCAUAGCCUCUGCAAGCAGAUCUACCCGGACCAGAGCAACCCGUUGACGGUUACGGCGAUCGUGAAAUAUUGGUUAGGAGGACCGGAUCCCCUCGACUACAUCAGUAUGUACGCCAAUUCGGGAUACCCCGAGCUUGGAGUACCUCCACAUUGGCACUAUAUCAGUUUAGGGUUGAGCGAUUUACAUGGCGAUGGCCGAUUACAUCCCAAACCUGGUCCGGGCCGUCCCAGCGGAUUCGGAUUUGAGUUGACCUUCCGUCUCGCUCGUGAGAGGGGCGAGACGACACCGCCCACGUGGCCGGCAAACGUGAUGCAGCAAUUGGCCAAAUAUGUUUUCAAUUCCGGGAACACGUUGAUGCCGGGCGACCACGUCUCUUGGCACGCUCCGCUGGACGGCGGAAAUGGUUGUAUCACCCAGAUUUUGAUGGGACAAGACCCGCAGCUUUCAACGUCGAUCUCGACACCUCACGGCGACGUUUCGUUUGUUCAAAUUGUCGGCGUUACUUCCGAGGAGUUGCAGGCGGCUCAACAUUGGAAUGGCCUGGGUGUGGUUAACUUGCUGAGAAGCGCCAGGGGUUGCGGCCCAUGGUUGAUCACGGAUAUGAGCAGAAUGCAUUCCGCUAUGGAGGACGAUCCCACUAUAGCGGAGAAGAUACAAUGUGGCAUUGAAAGAGACGGCUCAAAUACUAGCGGCGUAUCAGCCAAAUGUUGGUGGGUGCAAAUAACAAAUGACAGAAGCGCGGAGAGAUACAGGGAGAAAAGGGACGAUUCCGACGACGAUGAAGACGUGAAGCCAAUCGUGAAAACGGAGAGGCUAUCGCCGUGUGAGCAGCAGGAUGCCAACGUCUCUGACGAAAAUAGUAUUAGAACUUUGUCUGGACUACAUCUAACGUUCAACCUUGAAGCUGGCUCGUUGUUACCAUUGGCGAUAAAGGGUCGCGUUAUGCAUGGAAGGCAUUUCACGUUUAAAUCCAUACUGUCCCAUUCGGCCGUAACGAUAGUCGCGCCAUCAGUCACGGGCACCUUCGUGUCCAAAGACAAGCCAUAUGUCGUUCAAGGACCGUGGCUGCAGGUACUUCUUUCGGAAGAGCUGUCUGAGAAGAUGGCCGAGGAGUUCCAAGUCCUUAACGCGCCGGAUAAGAUCCAAUUGCCAAAAUCGUUUUCUUGGCCAGAACAUAAUUUAGUCAUCACCAUCAUCAAUGAUUAAAACUGUUCAACGAUCCGCCGAUCCAACUGCAAUUCACGAACAUCAUUCUCCAUACCGUUUCAUAUUAUUUAAGUUAAAGAUAGGACAACGAAAGUAUUAUCGAGCCUCGAAUCUUUUUAUUUAUAACUACGUUUCCCAUGACCUAACGUAAGAUUUUAUAAUUUAUAAAUGUUAUCUUACGCGUUUAAGAGACUUGAACCAUUCAUCAAUGUGCGAAAGCAGAGAUUUGCGCACGUUCCUAGAUGCAAUUUUUAAAAAACAGCGUAUUUUUCUAUAUAUGAACGUCUCUCUUUUACAAAUUGAUGCCUGCUUAUAUAUACAUGAAAAAUUUCUGCAACACUUGCCAAGUUGUUCAAAUUGACAAUAUUGUUAUCUCUUAUAUAAAAACGGUAAGUAAUGAAAUGUUGCAAAUUUUUUAUGUAUACUUCACUAUGUACAUACAUAAAUACGACAUAAAUUAUAUGCUAUUUUACGACAAAAUUUGAUAUGCGCCUUACAUAUUGUUGUAGAUAAUAAACGUUUAUGUAAAUAA